GCAAACUGCCCGAGAUUCUGAUUCGUUCUUUUCUCUCUCUUUUUGCUUCGGUGUGUUUUCACAUUCACACCCAUCCAAGUCAUGUGAAGACACAACUUGACUCCACUCUCUCUCUCUCUAGAAUUUAAUUUUAGGUUUCCGUACAACUGCCACCCAACUCAUGACGUCACUCUGCCGGCGGUUACCCGCCGGCGGUGCCAUAUCGGGGUAUCAAGUCCGGUUCCGGCAACAGGCGAGGGCCGCCGCGAAUUGCGCGGUCUGCUACGGUUAUUCGCCUCAGCGGCCGGGAAUCGUGCGGGGACUACGCUCACCGGCGCUGGUAGUGAAGGCGGCGGGGCACAGCGGCGCUUGGGAGAGAUCCGGCGUUGCGGAAGAGGGUGAGAAGUUGGGGCCCUGCUCUUACUCUGUCGGGGAAUUUGCGGCGGCGAAUGGCCGGAAAAGCAAAAAUCGGGCGGCGGAGGUUGCGGUCGCCGCCGCUGCGACGGUGGUGAUGGGCGUCGGGAACAGGGUGCUGUAUAAGCUUGCCUUGGUUCCUCUGAAGCAGUACCCUUUCUUCUUGGCUCAGCUUGCUACUUUCGGAUAUGUAAUUGUAUACUUCUCUAUUUUGUAUGUGCGUUACCAUGCGGGCAUUGUCACUGAUGAGAUGUUAUCUGUGCCAAAAACUCCAUUCCUAGUUGUUGGUCUCUUGGAAGCUCUGGGUGCUGCCACAGGAAUGGCAGCGGGAGCAAUGCUAUCUGGAGCAUCAAUUCCAAUUUUGUCUCAGACUUUUCUUGUGUGGCAAAUUCUCCUGUCAAUUAUUUUUCUUAGGAGAAAAUAUAAAGUCAACCAACUACUUGGAUGCUUUCUUGUGACCAUUGGUGUAAUUAUUACUGUAGCAAGUGGAUCUGGUGCCGGGCAUUCAUUGAAGGAAGCUGGUGUAUUUUGGAGUCUUUUAAUGAUAGCUUCAUUUUUAUUCCAAGCAGCUGAUACUGUGCUGAAGGAAGUAAUCUUCUUGGAUGCAACCCGGAAACUGAAGGGUGGUUCUCUGGAUUUGUUUGUUGUCAAUUCAUUCGGAUCUGCUUUCCAAGCACUAUUUAUAUGCCUCCUCCUCCCCUUCUUAUCAAAAUUAUGGGGCAUCCCCUUCAGUCAACUACCUAGCUACCUUAAAGACGGUGCAGCCUGCUUUCUGAAUGUUGGGAUGCUGUCAAGUGGAUGUGAUGGAGCCCCCCUGUUGCCCUUGCUGUUUAUUAUUGUCAACAUGGGCUUCAAUAUCUCAUUGCUUCAUCUCCUCAAGAUCUCUUCAGCUGUUGUCUCUUGUCUAGCUUCCACAUUUUCAGUCCCAAUAUCUAUCUAUGUGUUUACGCUGCCAUUGCCGUACGUUGGUGUUGCCUCUUCUCUUCCAACAGGUUUUCUUGCAGGGGCCAUCAUUCUGAUCAUGGGAUUGCUCAUUUAUGCUUGGACCCCUUCAAGAGGUUCCUCCAGUGCUUCCUUCACGGCUUCCACCUAGAGACGCUAGGAGGGGUUCGAACCUCAAUCAUUGGUCCAAGCCCAAAUAGGUUAUAUGCCAACUCGCAUUACAGCAUAUAGUACAGCCAAUGAUUCCGGUCCACUCUUUCGUGAUGGUAAUUUUUGUUUCAACAAAUAGCUAGUCCCGUGAAGAAAAGGAAAUGGGAAGUGAAAUCCUGCUGAGCUUGCUCAAGUGAUAAAGAAAGAGUAUGGAUUAGUCCAGUUCAAUUUUUUUGUAAACUUCGAGAAAAGAAAGAAAGAAAGAGAGGAGAGAGUAUUUCAUGGCUGGGAAACUCUGAAGAAAAUGUCAAGGAGAGAAUGUUAAAAAGGUUCUUAUCAAGCAUUUAUUUCCUUUUUGUUGAAUAGCAUAUUGUUGAGGAGCCAAGGAAUGGGUUUUUGAGGGAGAAAUGCGUUACACACUUACACAUUCAGUUUUGGAAAUAUUUUUUAAAUUUUAUCAUAUAAAGAGAAUUUGGACAUUGUAUUUUGGAAU